AUGGAGAUACAACAACUUCAAGGGAAGGUGUACCGACUGGAGCAGGCGCUGAUUGAAGAGCGCUCUGCCCGACAAACCAUAGAGGAAGACAUUUGGAAGGCCAUCGGUGGACUGCAGCAGAACUUCUCUCGGCUCGAGGAGAAAUGCGACCGUCUGCUAAAGGCUACUUGCAGCCUUCAACAAGGAGCAGCAAACAGCCUGCAGCAAGAAGAGACAAGCAGCCUUCAGGAAGAGAAGACAAGCAGCGUUCAGCAAGAGAAGACAUGCAGCGUUCAGCAAGACGAGACAUGCGAACUUCAACAAGAGGAGACAUGCAUCCGUCCGGAUGGUGACGGUGAGGACGUCACCACUCCGCCGGACGACGCUCCCAGCAAGUGUGACGUCAUCAAGUCUGAUGACGUCAUGACCCAGGCGGCGCCGGCGGGCGGGGACCUGAACAAAAGCGAUUUCAGUGAAAUAAACAUUAAUCUGGACGCGCUGAAGGUGGUGCUGAGUAAGAUGGACUGCAGGGAGAUGCUCCGCGCCAGACGGGUCUGUCGGAGCUGGCGGUCCGCCGUCGACGGCAUCCUCGACGACUGUCGGCAAAAGCUCGCCGACCGGUCAGCUCGGGGGUUUAACGCUCCAACAAUGACAAGUCUGCAGCUGGUGGUAAGGGUAAAGGACCAGCCGGAUAUGACCUCGCUGAAGGCGCCGAUCGCUGAGACGAACACCGACAUCCGACUGGUCGCGGACAGUUGCCACGCCCUGGAGACAGCCGACCUGCGCGGCUUCAAGCUGAGAGUCUCUGCCCUGCGCCAUCUGGCGCGUGCCAACGCCUCCAGUCUGCGUGAGCUGACACUUCCAGCCGGCAUCGGUGACUGCCAGCUGGAGGCGCUGCUGGAGCCGCUGGAAGCUCUGAAGACACUAAAUCUGAGCCCACCCGUGGACAGCACCGGCAAGUGGCUGUGGCUGCUACCCAAGUCGCUGAAGAGACUGGACAUCACUGGGUCGGGAAUGACUCGGUCACCAGUGAGCUACUAUGAUUAUUACAAUGGUAGUAGACUGAGUGUCGGUGUACAGCUAGCAACCGACAAACUCCUGGACCAGCUGAGCGUUCUGUCGAGCCGACAACCCGAUUACCAAGUUACCGAUCUGGUCAUACUCGAGUCACCGUCCGUGACACCGGGAGCACUGGCACGUCUUCUGGCUUCCUUCACCAGCUUGGUGUACAUCAAACUCUGCGUGGUCGGUGCCACUUUGGAAACCACGCUGGCCGCCCUCCACGGCUGCUCUGAGUUGUUUAGCCUGGAGCUCACAGACCCGCGGCCCCUCACGGACAUCCCUGCCUUGACCGAGUCAGAGGUGGCAGCGGUCAGCAGGAUGGCAGGGACCUGCAGCAAACUGUGCAGCCUGUACCUAACCUCCUCAGCAGUAAACUGCCAGGCCGUCCUGACCGCCCUGCUGAAGACAGGCCUGGGCCGUACCAUCUAUCUCGAUGUCCCCAGGGCUGUACAGGGACAGCUUAGCAAACCGCCCGACGGCCACGUCUCCGUGAUGUACGUCGACUAAACCCCCAUCUGGCCGGUGCCUCGCCGGCUGCCGUGCCGGUGGUGGUGUCACAUUCCGACAACAGAUGGCAGCACCGUCUCCCGUCGGCAGCGCAGCACUUUGA